GAAUUAUUGAAAUGGCGGAGAAUAUAGAUCAUUUUGAUUUCUAUAAUCACAAUGAAAUUCCUGAAAUUAGUCUCCCAGACUAUUUAGAGGAUGCAGACACAGAUGAGGUCUACACUCAACAAGAGACAGAAGAUAUGAACAAAGAGCAAGGAGAUGAUGUUCCUAAAAGGAAAAAGACUAAAAGAAGGAAAAAGGCGAAAUCCAAACAGCCACAAUGAAAUCUAGCUAUCAAGAAGGAUGAACAUGAGUUCAACAAAACACUGGAGUUCAUUGAUGGCCUCGACUCUGGAAUUCAUCACUUUAACCAAACCCAAGUGGUGCAGACACCUAUGAGUAAUUAUUCAAGGGAUGAAUUUCUCUCAGAAAAUCUUGGGAGAAAUUUAACACAGUUUGAAAAGCAUAACAACUUCUGUAAAGGAAUAGCAAGCAGAAAUACAACACUCUUUGGGUCAGAGACCCAAAGAGCUCCAUAUUUGAACAGCAAUUUUGACUAUAUCCAUCCUCAGAAUAAGGUGAUCAAGAAGCCGAAGGCCUUCAUGAACCGAACAAACAUCGACGACCUUAAAGGAUUGUACUUCAAGUCAGGAUUAGUUGCUAAUAAAUAUGAUCUCCAAAGGUCAGAGUCAAAGUACUCUGCCAGGGACUCUGAAUUUAACGUUCCUGAGAUCAAAAACUUCUUCCGAAGUGUUAGUAAGGAAACAAAGUCUGAAUCUGGAGGGCCUCAUACCCAUAAAAAUUUGAAAUACAUGAAUAAGUCCACAUUUUUAGAAUCCAAGAUGAAUGAAGUAGAGGAAAGAUUUAAUGAACAAUAUUCAGAGCUAGAGGAUACCCUCUACCAAGAGAUGCAGAUCAUUGGAGAACCCUCUGCCGAGAAGUUUGAUAAAAUAACUAAGAAGAGAAUUUCAGAGCUUAAAAGACAAUUUGAUUGUUUGAACACUGAGCUUGCUCGAAUCCAAGAGAAGAGGUUCCUCAAAUCAAACGAGCUGGAGAAACUUCGUGUUUCCAGCAAGAAGUUAAAUAACUUGCUUGUGAAAUCUCUUCGAAAGAUUGACAGCAUAAAGGAGGAUAUUCAGAAUGAUGAGAAACUACUGUCAAUACAUAUUUCAAAUGUUUGUAUUUACAAGGAUAGUCCUACUGAGGAGUAUCUCAGAGCCACACUCGAGCAUAUCAGUAAGCAGAUAAAACUUGAAUUGGAGUACAUCAAUAUAAAACUUGAAACGAGGCAAAACAUCGAGAGACACAAACUUAGUCAGAUCUUACAAGUCAUGAGCAUAAUGGUAGAGCCAAUAUAUAGCAUUCUUCAACCACAAGCAAUUAACUUAAAACCAGAGCUAGUAGACCAUGAAAAAUAAGCUCGAAAUUCUUGAACUUGAACUCAUGAGUGAGUGCAGCAAGCACAUCGAAAACGAAAGUAAGAAGCAAAUGGAGCAGAGCUUCAAAAUGAAAUUUAACCGUCUCAAUGACAAACUUGCAGGUCUAAGAAAAGAGAAAUAAAGAUAUCAUUAAGAUCCUCAAAAGGAUCAGAGAUAUAGAAUGCAUCCAGCAAGAUUCAUGAGUGAUAGAGCUAGCUAAUCUCUGUAAAACAGAACUUAAGCUGAAAGAUAAGCUUCUCACUCUUGGAUACCACAAGAAUAAGCUUGAUUACUGUAAAGAAGUACUACGUCGGAAGAACGAGGAUGCUAAUAAGCUUAAAACUAUCAUCAACAAGAAGUCUAUGGAGAUACACUUACCGUAUACUUACAAACAAAGAUUUAAUCAAAUCGUUAAAAAUAACCAGCAUGGAUCAAAUUAUCCAAGAGCAAGGACGAAUGCACGCCAAGAAGUCACCAUAGGGAACGUGCUUGAUUACCUUGAUCGGGUCGUUGACGAAAAGAACAACAUUAAGGAAGAAAUGAAGUUAAUAAAGAAGGAGAAGAAUAAGAUUUCUAAAAACUUUAAACUCGCCUCAAACAGAAGUAAUCCAAGAACGCUGAAUAACCUUCGUAAAUUUUCAGAAACUGAAGAUAGUGAUAUUUCAGCCAAUGAGUUUACCAAGAAACCAUUCAGUAAGUGUAAUAAGAGCAAAGGGAUAAGAGGGGGAACCGCAGUGAUGCUCCAAGGCAAAUCUAACAUAACUUACCAUAACUUGCUCGAGAAAGGCAAAGGCAAGAAGAUAAAAGAUGUAUCAACUAAGGAGAAUUACAUCACGGAAGAUGACGCUAAGAGGAUAAUGAACUCCUUCUGAAACUCAGCGAUGAAGAAUAGCAGCAAUAACUCACGGAAUUUAUACAGUCAGAAUAUCUAUAACCAGGAGCAUGGCAAGAGCCUUGGGUCGUUUAAAAAGGCCAAGAAGACAAGUUACUACGAUAAGCUAUUCAAUCGGAAACAAAACAGGAAAUCAAUGAAAGAUUCUUCUGGACCGAUUUCAACAUCACUGAAUACAAAGUCUAAGGAGAAAAUCACACCAUCAGUGGCUACAAUAAAUCUUAUGUCACAGUCAAAUGAUGCUUAAUAAUUUUCUCAUAAAAUUUUAAGUUUUAUGGAUGACAUAAACUCCUUUAGUUAAGAAGUUCUCACGACAAGCACUCGUGGUCAUACACCUUUCUCCAAAUUCUGAUUGGUGUGCAAUGUUUUAGCAUACAUUUAAGAGAGGGAAUCUAGUAGUC